AUGGCUCAAAAAUCUGGUGGCUCGAAGCAAUCAACACUAGGGAAAUUCUUCGGCUCCAACAGCAACCCGGCGCCAAAAAAGCAAUCAACCCUCGCGUUUUCAUCAAGGGCAAGUGGUAGCUCUAAGAACGACGAGACUAAAGAUGGAGAUGAAGAAUCUGUGGACCAGGCUCCCCAAACACCUCGGAAGCAGGUUGGCCGUGCCGGAAGCAAGCGCACUCCACCUCCAAUUGACGACGGGGACGUAGAUGGAGAAAUAUUGUCUGGUGGUGAGAAAAGUGAGUCGGUUUCUCCUGUGACUAGCAGACAGAAACGAAAGGAGACAGCAGCAGCCAGAGACGGUGAGGAGUCGGAUGAACAACCUGUUACAAAGCGUCGGAGGAGAUCGCCAAAGUCCAGCCCCAAAAAGAGGAGCCCUGGUAAUGGUGGCCGUAGUAAGGCGGCUGCUAAAGAUAGCCCAUCGCCGAAGAAGCUCAAAUCAGAGCCUGAACCAGAGUUAUCCUCCGCCGAAGAGAAUUCAGCGUCAGAUAUUGAGGAAGAUGAUGUAGACGAACAACCUGCCAAAGUCCAGCAGAAAAAGAAGGCUGCGGCGAAACAACGGAAACAAGUCCAGAGUACUCUCACGUCCAAGCCUAAAGAUCUAUACCCUGAUUGGAAAGCUGGAGACCCCGUUCCCUAUGCGGCGCUUUGCACCACCUUCUCACAAAUCGAGUUGACUACAAAACGCCUUAUCAUAUUAUCCCAUUGCGCACUUUUCUUGCGCCAAGUACUGCGUCUUACCCCAGAUGAUCUACUUUCCACCGUCCAGUUGAUGAUAAACAAACUAGCGGCAGAUUAUGCCGGAAUUGAACUCGGAAUUGGAGAGUCUCUAAUCAUGAAAUCUAUUGGUGAAUCAACUGGACGCAGUCUUGCAGUCAUCAAGGCAGAUCAAAAUGAAAUCGGAGACCUAGGACUUGUUGCUGCAAAGAGUCGAUCAAACCAGCCCACCAUGUUUAAGCCUAAAGCAUUAACUGUGCGAGGUGUGCAUGAGGGACUUCUGGCCAUUGCAAAGACACAUGGUACGGGGUCUCAGGAUAAAAAGAUUGCUGGUAUUAAAAAACUACUCUCUGCUGCUGAUGCCGACAAGACUGGGAAGGGAGCCAAAGCAAUUGAUAUCACAAAAGACAGGGGUGGUGCCAGCGAGGCUAAGUUCAUCGUACGAUUCCUGGAAGGUAAACUUCGGCUUGGACUGGCUGAGAGAACUGUGCUCGUUGCUUUGGCCCAUGCAAUGGUAGCACACGAGGCUGAGAUUAAUGGUGGAAAGGCUCCAAGUACGGAUCAACUUGCCAAGGGAGAAGAUAUUCUCAAAAGUGUCUACAGUGAACUCCCAUCAUAUGAAGUGAUCAUUCCUGCUAUGCUUAAACAUGGCAUAUUCAAUCUGCCAGACAACUGCAAAUUGCAACCUGGUGUCCCACUGAAACCCAUGCUUGCGAAACCUACCAAAGCCAUCAGUGAAGUGCUUGACCGGUUUGAAGGGAAGCAUUUCACCUGCGAGUACAAAUAUGACGGUGAGAGAGCACAGAUACACUAUAUCUCUCGGGACACCAUCAAGGACUACCCAGCCGCCUCUACGACUCUUCAAAAGGAUGGCGAAGGCCUUUGUGCUAUUUUCUCUCGAAAUUCUGAAGACUUGUCAAAGAAGUAUCCGGAUAUCCUCGAGAAACUGGAAACAUGGGUUAAACCCGGCACUCAUAGUUUCGUUGUGGACUGUGAAACAGUAGCUUGGGAUACUGUUAACAAAAAAGUUCUCCCCUUCCAGCAACUCAUGACUAGAAAGAGGAAGGAUGUGAAAUCGGAAGAUAUCAAGGUUAAAGUCUGCGUCUUUGCGUUUGACUUGCUCUUCUUGAAUGGAGAGCCUACUGUCAAAAAGACACUCAGGGAACGACGUGCCCUCUUACAUGGCGCAUUUGUACCAACUGAGGGAGAGUUUGCUUUCGCUCAACACGGAAACACUAGUGAUUUGGAGGAAAUCCAGACCAUGCUUGACGAGAGUGUGAAAGCUUCUUGUGAGGGUCUCAUGGUAAAAAUGCUGGAUACGGAAGACAGUGGCUAUGAACCGAGCAAGAGAAGUAGAAACUGGCUUAAAGUCAAAAAGGACUAUCUUGCUGGAAUAGGUGAUUCCCUCGACCUUGUCGUGCUCGGCGCAUAUUUUGGUCGCGGCAAACGUACCUCAGUGUACGGUGCUUUCUUGCUUGCUGCAUACAACCCCAAGACGCAAAACUACGAAACAAUCUGCAACAUUGGCACAGGUUUCUCUGAAGCUUUGCUUGAGGAACUUCACGAAACCCUCAGCCCACUUGUUAUUGACAAACCAAAGCCAUUCUACUCUCAUUCGACAGUUCCCAAGGACCAGCCAGACGUCUGGUUCGAGCCUAAGUUUGUCUGGGAGGUCAAGGCUGCUGACCUCACUCUCAGCCCUAGAUAUAGUGCUGCCAGUGACGAAGUGAUGGGCAGCACCGGCGGUUCUACCGCCAAGGGUAUCUCCCUUCGUUUCCCACGAUACAUCAAGGCGCGAGAAGAUAAAAAGCCUGAUCAAGCCACUACUACAAAGGCCGUUGCGGAAAUGUAUCGAAAACAGGAGAGUGUCGCAUCUAACACGGCCAAGGGAGCCGUAGAUGACGAUUUUGAAUAUUGA